AACAAAUCAUUCACUCAUUUCCCCACACUGGCCAUGCAGAAAGAGGCCACGCGAAACGUGAAGAAAUACUGCACAUCACUGGACGACAUGCACAGAGAAUUCUGCCGUCGGUUCUCUGAUUUUGAAAAAAUUGACAAGUCACUUCAGCUGGUGUCCUGUCCCCUGUCCCAAGACCCCGAAACAGCACCGCAUGAGCUGCAAUUGGAGCUGAUCGAUCUUCAGUCUGACUCCGUCUCACAGGAGAAGUUCAAGUCUCUUAAACUGAAUGACUUUUACGCUUCACUUAACGAAGCCACGUUUCCAAACCUCCGGAGGACGGCACAGAAGAUGCUGGCAUUGUUUGGCUCGACCUACGUGUGUGAGCAGACUUUCAGCGUCAUGAACGUCAACAAAGCCCGUCACAGAUCCCGGUUAACUGACCAACACCUCAGAUCUAUCCUGAGAAUUGCCACAACAAAACUAACUCCAGACUUUGAUGCACUGGCAAAAAAGGGAGACCAACAACACUGUUCCCACUGAAAUAAAGAAGAGCAAAACUCCUGUUUCUGUGGAGGAGCAGCGGUCCAGCUGUGCUUUGUGUCAGGACGUCCUGAAGGAUCCAGUCUCUACCAGCUGUGCACACACAGAUAGAGGUCUGCAGGAGGUUUUAGAUGAACAUAGGAUCAGUCUGAAGAGGAGAUGUGAACGUGUGACUGAAGGAAGUGAUGAAACAGUGAGUAAAACCCUCCUCAACAGGAUCUACACUGAGCUCUACAUCACAGAGGGACUGAGUGAAGAGGUUAAUACUCAACAUGAGGUGAAGCAGCUUGAGACAGCUUCCAAGAAAAAGAUCCUCCGUGACGCUCCAAUCAAGUGCCACGACAUCUUUAAAGCCUCACCUGACCAACAGGUACACAUCAGAGUCGCUCUGACGGUCGGCGUCGCUGGCGUUGGAAAAACCUUCUCAGUGCAGAAGUUCACUCUGGACUGGGCAGAGGGUUUGGAAAACCAAGAUGUCAGUCUGCUGAUUCCGCUUUCCUUCAGGGAGCUGAACUUGAUCAAAGCUGAGCAGUACAGUCUUCUCAGGCUGCUCCAUGUUUUCCAUCCAACCUUACAGAAGGUCACAGCAGAGACGCUCGCUGUCUGUAGCGUUUUGUUCAUCUUUGACGGCCUGGAUGAAAGCAGACCUUCACUGGAUUUCCACAACAAUGAGGUUGUGUCUGAUGUCACACAGCAGUCAUCAGUCAACGUGCUGUUGACAAACCUCAUCAGCGGGAAUCUGCUUCCCUCGGCUCUCGUCUGGAUAACUUCCCGACCUGCAGCAACCAAUCAGAUCCCUCCUGCACGUGUGGACAGGGUAACAGAAGUACGAGGCUUCACUGACGUCCAGAAGGAGGAGUACUUCAGGAGGAGAUUCAGUGAUGAAGAACGGUCCGGCAGAAUCAUCUCUCACAUCAAGACAUCCAGGAGCCUCCACAUCAUGUGUCUGAUGCCCGUCUUCUGCUGGAUCACUGCUACAGUUCUGGACCACAUGUUGACUACAGACCAGAGAGGAGAGCUGCCCCAGACCCUCACUGACAUGUACUCACACUUCCUGCUGGUUCAGACCAAGAGGAAGAAGCAGAAGUAUGAUGAGGGACAUGAGACGAGUCCACAGGAGCUGACGAAGGCUGACGGGAAACUUCUUCUGAAGCUGGGGAGGCUGGCGUUUGAACAUCUGGAGAAAGGAAACAUCAUGUUCUACCAAGAAGACCUGGAGCAGUGUGGUCUUGAUGCCACGGAGGCCUUGGUGUACUCAGGAGUUUGUACAGAGAUCUUCAAAAGAGAGAGUGUGAUCUUCCAGAAAACAGUCUACUGCUUUGUUCAUCUGAGCAUUCAGGAGUUUCUGGCUGCAGUCUACCUGUUCCACUGUUACAGCAAGAGGAACACAGAGGUACUGAAGGACUUCCUGGGGAACGCUGGGAAUGACUCAUCCCUGGAUGUCUUCCUGUCUGAAGCCAUGAAGAAAUCCCUCAGAAGUAAGAAUGGCCACCUGGACCUGUUUGUCCGCUUUCUCCACGGCCUCUCUCUGGAGUCCAACCAGAGACUCUUAGGAGGCCUGCUGGGUCAGACACACAACAGUCUACAAAUGAUCCGGAGAGCCAUCAACAACCUGAAGGAGAUGAGGAGUAAAGAUACCUCUGCUGACAGAAUCAUCAACACCCUGAAGGAGAUGAGGAGUGAAGAUACCUCUGCUGACAGAAGCAUCAACAUCUUCCACUGUCUGACAGAGAUGAAGGACCACUCAGUACAUCAGGAGAUCCAAGAGUUCCUGCAGUCAGAGAACAGAUCAGAGAAGGAACUCUCUGAGAUCCAGUGCUCAGCUCUGGCUCACAUGCUGCAGAUGUCAGAGGAGGUUCUGGAUGAGUUGGACCUGACGAAGUACAACACGUCAGAGGAGGGACGACGGAGACUGAUUCCAGCUGUGAGGAACUGCAGAAAGGCUGUGUAA